AUGGCUCCCCCCUUCCGCGCCGAGCACAUGGGCUCCCUCCUCCGGCCCCAGCCCCUCCUGGACGCCCGCGAGGCCAUCCGCCAGGGCAAGACGCCCGAGGAGGCCGGCCUGCCGGGGCUGGAGAAGCAGUCGGUUGCGGAGGUGGCCAAGAUCCAGACGGACCUGGGCUUCCGCGCGGUGACGUCGGGCGAGCACAACCGCACGCGGUUCUGGGGCCUGAUGUGGGACGAGUUCGAGGGCACCGUGGCCCUGCAGGAGGCCGACGCCAGCAUGUUCCGCCUCUACCACCCGGACGUCGUCUCGCUCAUCGAGAAGGAGCGCAAGGUCAUGCCCGGCGACAGCGUCAUCGCCGGCUCCAAGCUGGGCCACAGCGCGGCCAAGAGCAAGAGCAACCUGCACGAGCUGCAGCUGGUCCAGGCCGCGCUGCCCAAGGAGCGGUGGGGCGACAUCAAGCUGACCAUGAUCACGCCCGCCUGGUUCCACAUGCGCUACAAGCAGAACAAGGCCUGGAAGGAGGGCGUGUAUGCGAACGACGCCGAGUACUUCAAGGACGUCGCGAAGGUGUACCAGGCCGAGCUGGACCUGCUGUACAAGGCCGGGUUGAGAAACGUGCAGAUCGACGACCCUGGUCUGGCAUACUUCUGCUCCGAAAAGUUCCGCCAGGGCUGGGCCGAGGACAAGGACAACAUCGGCGAGGUGGACGACCUGCUCGACGCGUACAUCGCGCUCUACAACGACAGCAUCUCCAAGGUGCCGGCCGACAUGCACACGGGCGUGCACCUGUGCCGCGGCAACUUCAUCGGCGGGCGGCACUUCGCCGAGGGCGCGUACGACAUCAUCGCGUCCAAGCUGUUCCGGGACCUCAAGGUCAACACCUUCUACCUCGAGUACGACACGGAGCGGGCGGGCGGCUUCGAGCCGCUCAAGUACCUGCCCAAGGACCGCAACGUCGUGGUGGGCGUCAUCAGCACCAAGCUGCGCGACCUCGAGGACAAGGAGGAGAUGAAGAAGCGCAUAUACAAGGCAGCCGAGUACGUCGCCGAGGGCACGGGGCAGACCAAGGAGGAGGCCCUCAAGCAGAUCGCCGUGAGCCCGCAGUGCGGCUUCAGCACCCACGAGUCGGGCUACCCGCUGAGCCUGGAGGACGAGAAGAAGAAGCUGGCGCUGGUGAGGCAGAUUGCGGACGAGAUCUGGGGCGAGCCUUAA